AUGACGGACCUGAUGCUCCUCCUGAUUAUUGCCUUCGUCAUCGGCGCCGCCAAUGCGGGCCCCGUUCGCCUCAACUCCACGACUCUCAAGAAUCCAGUCCGACGAUCCGAGGACGGCCACACCAUGCUGCCCGACAGCAGCCUUUCCCCGUACGCCAUUGCGGGGAUCGCUCUCGGCUCCUUCUUCCUCAUCGUGGGCAUCGCGGGCGUCUCCGCAUGCCUCAGAGCCCGCCACAUCAAGGCAUUCAACCGGGCAAGGGAGGGUCAGCCGGGAUUCGAGUCGGAGGAAGAUCGCGGUCGCUCCAUCAACGUCCGCCGGGAAGAACUCCGCCUGGGUUCGGUGCCUGCGAGGGGCAUGCCCCAAACCCCAGUUCUGCGCGGCCAGGCCCUCGGUGCAAUCGGUGAGGCGUCUCUCGAGGCUCUUGCCCUCCCAAGGCCUGCGGUUUCCCGUCACACCGAAAACCCAGCGGUCAGGGAGGGUGCGGCCCAAUGA